AUACUUUUAGCAUACCUGACAUGGCAAAAAAUUGAAAUGCAUAUGGUAUUUAGAGGACGUAUUCUUGUUCUUUCCUUUUUCCCCACGUAAAGGCUACUUGGGCAUCUUCACACCUCUUAGGACAUGGCGAGGGCAGUAUUGAUAGACCUGAAGAGUGAAGGCACAGCCCCCUGGAAGGGCGGGGCCCCAGAAUCUGUGGCCAGGAUCCUAGAAGUGGUUCGGAAGGCCAGCAGCAGCCAGGAUCCGUGGGUUUGCGUCAUGUGGUGCCAAAGCCUCCCCAGCAAAAGGAACGGAGAAGAGGUGUUGCACGCAGCAGUGCAAGGCCUCCACUGCCCAGAGCGCAGCCUUGAGGUCGUGUGCGCACGCAGUACCGUUGCUGCCUUGUACGCCGUCAAACAGAAGCUUGACGAAAAAGACAUCAGCCAGGUUCAGGUGCUCUCGCCACCGCGACGAAAAGCCUUCAUGAGAGCAUUUGUUGAUCAGCUCUUCACUGGCAUUUAUCAGUUUGAGUUUGAUGACUUGCAAGUGGAUUUGGAAGCCAGCGACCUCGAGCAGCCGCCAGGAUCUCUGAGUGAAGUUCUGCCACCGCUUACGGGCCAAGAUGUGGGAAGGAUCCAAAGGGAGAUCAAAAUGUACCUGGAAAGUCUUCCUGCUCUGAAGGGGGAACUAAGGAUUCUCAGAUCUGUGCUGAUUCCAGAUCAUCUCUUCCUGCACGGGUUCACAACAAGGACAGGGGGCAUCUCAUAUAUCCCAACGCUGAGCUCCCUCAAUCUCUUCAGUAGUUCCAAGAGGCGUGACCCACCAGUUGUGGUUCAGGAGAACCUUCGAAGGCUUGCUGUUGCUGCUGGAUUCGACCCACAGGCGUAUCAUAGUAUUAAGGUCAACCAUGCCAGCGACGUUUGGGUCAUGGGAAAGGCCCAGCCGGAGAGCUACGACGGGAUCGUAACGGACCAGGCAGGGGUGGCCAUAGCAGCUCCUGGAGCUGACUGCAUCCCCUUGCUCUUUGCAGAUCCCGUCAGAAAAGCCUGCGGUGCUGCUCAUUCAGGCUGGCAAGGCACGUUGCUGGGGGUGUCCAUGGCGACGGUCGGCGCCAUGGUGGCUGAAUAUGGCUGUCGUGUGGAAGACAUACGCGUCGUCUUGGGGCCGUCAGUUGGACCUUGUUGCUUUACGCUACCACAAGAAUCAGCAAAGCAGUUUCAUAGGACUGAUCCAAAAUGUGUAAGGCAUUUGGAGUCCGCAAAACCCUCUGUUGACAUUAGAAGAGCAACACGAGUUCUUCUGGAAGCUGGAGGAAUUCUGCCUCAGAACAUUCAAGACGAUUCUGUGAUGGACCCACUCCAAAACCUCACACUCUGUACGUCCUGCCACCCUGAUCAGUUCUACUCUCACGUACGCGAUGGUGAAAACUUUGGGACGCAGAUAGGCUUCAUAGCCAUUAGAGACUGACCUUUCUGCAUAGCCUGGCAUGUUAAUCUGCAGGGACGGUGGUGGCUGAUGGGUCUUUCCCCGUGUGCAGUUCUUCUGAUGAGUGCCCCUAGGUCCCCGUAAAAAUCUUACGGCAUAUAACUGUCUCAGGAAACCGCAGUUCCCCUGGCUGCAGAAAGGCCCCCUAACUGGAAGCAGUAAUGGACCGCCCACCACACAGCUCUAGGAGUGAUCCGGGGCUUCGACAUGUCCUGCGACCUUCUCAGCAAGUGACAAAGGCCAGUUCUGUGAAGAACGUGAAUGUGUGCAGAGUCAGUGUGGUGUCGUGGUUAAGAGUGUCAGACUAGAA